AUGAGUCGACGUGCGCGCUCGACUGAAACGACAGUGCGAGUCCCAUACCAACAACAACCUUCACCAACCAUGCGGCCCAUGUCGACACGAGCCAGUCAUGCAUCUCAGGGUGAGAUGAGCCAUGCAACCCGAAUUCCACGUAGCGCUGGAAACACACAAUCGUAUAGCGGUGGCACGUCAGGUGUAUCAGCGGGACCAUCGUCCUUGACGUCGUCGUCGUCGUCGUCAUCGUCUCCAGCACCAGCCGCCUAUUCAUAUGAGCGGCAUACAUCCGAUAUUUCGCGCGCUAUGAUCGAAUUUCUCACGCCCAUGCUUCCGACCGAAGAAGAGUACCGCAUCAAGGAAUCUAUUCGUCGACAACUCAUGCGGAUUGCGAGUCAAAUCUGUCCCGAGGCCCAGCUGCAGGCGUUCGGUAGCAUGGCCAACGGCUUUGCACUUCGCAACUCGGACAUGGAUCUGUGCUGCCUUAUCCCCCCGCGAACAAAGAGUAGAUUCGCACCCCGAAGCCAUGACAGCCAGGAUGGCAGCGACAUCAAGAACGGGAAGGUCGAAAACGGCCCCAGCAACCCCAGCAACCCCAGCGAUGGCAGUGUGCGUGAAAACGACAGCGACGCAGCCACUGUUCAUCCCGGCGACACGGCGACCAAGGUACGACAGCCUUCACCGUCUGAGCUUGUCGAACAGCUGAGCGACUUGAUCCGCAAGCAGACCGACUUUCAAGUACUGCCACUACCAAAAGCACGAAUACCAAUCAUCAAAGUCAGCCGCGCCGCGAGCUCCGAUAUACCUUGUGACAUUGCAUGCGACAUUGGGUUCAACAAUCAGCUUGCGCUGGAAAAUACGCGUCUUCUUCUCUCGUAUGCCAUGCUGGACCCACCACGUCUCCGAGCGCUUGUUCUCUUUAUCAAAGUAUGGACGAAGCGACGAAAACUGAACUCCCCCUACAUGGGCACGCUCUCAAGUUACGGGUACACAUUGCUUGUGCUGUUCUUUUUAAUUCACGUCAAGCUUCCGCCCGUGUUGCCCAACUUGCAGCGAAUCCCCGCAGGUCGUGAUUUGCCGCUGGAGGACAUAAUGUUGGAUGGGCACAACAUCUACUUUUACGACGACAUGGACGCUCUCCGACAACACUGGCAUUCUGAUAAUACUGAGUCUCUUGGCGAGCUGCUGCUUGAUUUCUUCCGCUACUUUUCGCGUGACUUUAAUUACACCAAGGACGCUAUUUCCAUGCGCACCGAGGGCGGUCUUGUCACCAAAGAGUCCCGGGGUUGGACACAUGACUUGCUAUGUAUUGAAGAUCCGUUCCAGCUCGGCUACAAUGUCGCUCGCACUGUCACAAAGGACGGUCUCUACACGAUUCGUGGCGAGUUUAUGCGAGCGAGUCGUCUGCUUGCGAAUCGGAGUAUACGAGCGCCUCAGCUUCUGUCGGAGCUGUGCACGGAGCGAGAAGAAGGCCUCACUCAUGCACCCGACUUUCCGCAUCACCGGUCGCGCCCACACGGUCGAUUGUCGAAUCCGUCCUACCGCGAUCCCCUGCGUGACUCGACUCUGUUCCCAGUGCACAUGCCAUUCGAUGACAUGACACGUGGAUUCGUCCAUGGCGUCUCAUACCCGCCCUCCGCUGGCAUGCUAGGCUCCUCAACGGCCGUGCCGUAUGGACUUCCUGGUAUGCCAGUGCCGAUGCCCCUCUCACAUCAUCCCCUUCCUCCUCCGCCGCUGCCUCCCAUGUCGCAUGCGUCGGAUCCACAGGCCCCGUCCAUGGGUCCGUCCAUGUCAACGUCACCCACCCCCUCUUCGACUUCACGAACCUCCUCACACUGGCCACAUGAGUUGGGUCCACACUAUGCAUCCAUGCCGACGGGUUCUCCGUUCAUGCCUAUGCCGGCGUACCAAGUCAAUAUACCAGCAGACUCGCGACACUCGAGCACACGUGUGUCUGCUGACGACUCGCCCUCCUCGAUGCAUGGCCCAUGA